AUGACAGGCGCCGCGGAUGCGCGGCUGCUGCGGCAGACCACCGACUCGUUCACAGGCACCGGCGUCGACAAGUCCUGGAUGGUGCUGGCCACCACGGACGUGGCCGAGUCGCGUGCGCAGUCUGCGUCUCAAGGGUUUGAACACAUGGAGGCCACCGUCACCGCGCUCGCGACAGACCUCUAUCCGGGCAGCCAGGUCCGCACGUCCACGCCCAGCCUGAGCCAGAGCGAGGGCCCGGCCGGCGAGGUCUCCGCCGCCGCAUUUGGCCCCGUGGCCCUGUCCAAGGUCGACACUGAGACCGCCGUCACCGUCGCAGCCUCCAACGCCAUGCCGCUCGCACAGCCAGAGGGCACGCCCGGCACCUCGCGCGGCGUCACGCUCAGGACGUUUAACCCCACGAGCGCCACCGGCGUCGGCGCGAAGAAGGACGUUAUCGUGGGCGCCAGCAUCGGCAUGGCGCUGCUUCCAGCGGGCAGCUUCUCCCAAAGCGACACAGGUGACGGGCCCCACGCCAUCUCCAGCGCUGGGCAGGCUGUGGCGAGCUCCUUCUCCAGCCGCUAUGACGUCACCGCCCCCAACUUGUCAGGCGCGGGCCUGAACCGGCCCUGA